AUGGAGGCUCUGCUAAAAAACCUCAAAAAGUACAUUGAAUGUUCGAUUUGCUUAGAAAGUUUCACCGAGCCGAAAACCAUAGCUUGUCUUCACACUUUCUGCUGUGAAUGUCUGAAGAAACACGCGCUUACGAGUCAGAAAGAUGGUCAGUUUCGCUGCCCUGAAUGCCAGACACAAAUAGCCAUCCCUGAAGGAAACAGAUUCGAUCAGUUGCCAACCAGUUUUCUGCACAACAGCUUAUUAAGCCUUCUCGCUUUUCAACAAAGUGGCGAUGGAAGUCAGAUCAGCUGCAAAGUUUGCACGAAAAAGAGCGCUGAAUUAAGUUAUUGUUUCGACUGCGAGAUGUUGCUUUGUCAAGUGUGUCUCCAGGCGCAUGAGAUGUUUCAAACUACAGCUUUCUCAGGACACAAGGUGACGUCGGUCAAACAGUUUCAAGUAGAAGAUUACGAAGCUUUGUUAAACCGAAAGGCAUUCUGCGCUGAGAAGUACCACGAGAAAGAGGAAACAAGGUUUUACUGUCGUGUCUGCCAAACUUGUAUUUGUCAAAUAUGCUUAAGUAUGGAACACAAGGCUCAUGAAAUAGAGCUGCUCGACAAGGCAGCGGAUGAAGAACGAGCCAAAAUUUUGGCGGGAGUUGAGUCAAUAAAACAAAAACACGAAAUAUGCAGCGACAUUAUCCCCCAAUUCGAGGAGACAGCCGCCAAUCUUGAAGCUAAUAUCGCAACGGCUAAACGCCAAGUGUCUCAAUCAGCGAAGCAAAUGAUCGCUGUGAUUCGCGAACGCGAGCGCGAGACAAUUACUACGCUCGAGAACACACGCGUGUCACGAAAGGAAAAAUUGGAUGAAGUGAAGAAACAGGUUCAACAGUUGGAAAAACAGUUUAAACAAGCAGCAGAGUUUGCGACUGAGUUGGCGCAGAGAAGUUCAAGUGCAGAUAUAAUGAGAAGUAAAGGGUAUUUAGAGGAACGAUUAGAAGAGCUUGGCAAAACUCAGUUUCCAAAAAUCUCAGCUAGUUCGUUUGUAAAGUUCGUUUCAACUUGUAAGCUAGAUAAUUUGAGCCUCGGCAAAAUAAGAUCUGGUUCCGAGACAAACCCAAUUAGAUCAACAAUUGAAGGACUGAAACAAACUUUCCAAGCUGGAGUAGAAGCAGAGAUUUCAAUUUGCUCUCAAACACGCGAGGGGCAAUUUAGCAACCGACAACCUGAAGAUCACGUUGAAGUUCAAGUUGAUCCUGCUGAACAACUGGCAAGUUUGAUUGUCAACGAACAGGCAGGGGGAAAAUUCCAGGUUAAAUUUGUUCCUAAACUUCCAGGUUCGUACAACAUUUCGACAAAGAUAAACGGCGACAACCUUGAUCAGAGUCCCUUCACUAUUAGGAUACAGGAACGCAAACUUGAAAUUGUGGGCGAGUUAGACUUGAAAAAUGAAAGUAUGAAAAUUCCAGCUGGUGUUGCUGUAAGUGGUAAGGGAUUAAUUGCCGUAGCAGACUAUUCCAAACACUGUUUUCUGGUGUUUGACAGCAGAGGAAAGUUUCAUCGAUUGGUUGGUUGCUAUGGGGACAAUCCGGGAGAGCUGAACAGUCCCAUUGAUGUGACAUUCAUGAACGAUGAUGAGAUCCUAAUAGCAGAUGAAUGUAAUCACCGAAUACAGCAGUUUAAUGUGCAUUCAGGGAACUUUGUGAACAGCUUUGGACGAUAUGGUACUGGAGAUGGAGAGUUUCGGCAUCCCGUCAGUGUCAGUAUGGAUGGGAAAGGACAUGUUAUUGUAGCUGAAUAUAACAACCACCGGGUACAGGUGUUGACAAAGGAUGGUAUUCCUGUGUUGAAAUUUGGAGAUAGAGGCCCAGAAAAACUCUGCUUUCCUGUCGGCUGCGUCUAUUACAAGAACACGUAUAUUGUUGCCGACAGUGCGAAUGGUUGUUUAAAAGUCUUUGAUUGUUCGGGGAAAUUUUUACGCAAGAUUGGAAAUAAAGGUGAAGGAGCUGGGCACUUUUUAAGACCUUGGAGAUUGUGCGUAGACAAAUAUGAAAAUCUCGUGGUCAGCGACAAAGACAGUGGUCACGUCAAGCAAUUCAAUGUUAAAGGUUGCUUCUCUGGAUCUAGCUUCAAGCUUAAAGGACCAUCGGGGGUGGCCACCAUGUCUGACGGUCGAUUCUUGACAGCCGAAUCACUGACAGGGAGGAUCAUUUUUCUUAAAUAGAAAGCGACCACGAGAAAUUUGGUCGUGGCAGGUGUGGUAUGAGCUCGAGAUGACAAGUGGUGCGCGUGUGAGAGAGAGGAACAUACGCGAAUCCCAAAGGCAUUUUUUUUCAGCUUUGAGCAAAAAUGAAUAAACUUGCCGAGUGCGAGAAUGAUAUGUCCGAACGAUAAAUUUUGCAAGUUACUAUUCACGUUAAACCUUGGUAAAAAAGUUGAUAUCAGGAAAACUGGUGUUUUGAAUUAUUUUAGCUUUUUAUUUUGUUUUAAGCAAGCACUGAAGACACACCUAUUUAAAAAAGACU